CUUCAGAAUAAAAUUACACUACAAUAAUCGAGUGGCCCUAACACAAUAGAACGCAUCAAGAACCAUGUCGGACACCCUGCCAGUGCCUGGCCAUGCCGAAGACGUCGCGGCGCCGCCCGCCCCUGAAGAUGUCGCUUCCAUGUUUGACUUGAAGAAGAAGAGGAAGAAGACCACGAAGAAGAAGGCCAAAGACGACGCGGGGGAUGCCGCCAACGACGACGAUGCGGCCACCGUCGACACUGCCGCCGCCAGUGGCAGCAGCACCGACAACAAGAAUGCUGUGGAUGUGGCUGUUGCCAGCACCACGUGCGCGUACACGUACGAAGACAUGUUGGAUCGCAUCAUGAACAAACUGCACGAGAACAACCCGGACUUGGCGGACCGCAAGAAAGCGAUCAUCAAGCCUCCGCAACUCAUGCGCGUGGGCACAAAGAAGACGUUGUGGGUCAACUUCCAGGAGAUCUGCAAGAUGAUGCACCGCAACCCCGAGCACGUGCUGCAGUUUACGUUGUCGGAAUUGGGGACGGAAGGCAACUUGGACGGCACGCAGCGCCUGAUCAUCCGCGGGCGGUACGUCCCCAAGUACAUUGAGUCGCUCCUUCGGAAGUACAUCACGGAGUACGUGACAUGCCAAAUGUGCCGCUCCCCCAACACGACCCUCACCCGCGACAACGUGACGCGAUUGCAUUUCGUCAACUGCCAAGAAUGCGAGUCCAGCCGCUCCGUCGCGGUCAUCCGAUCGGGGUUUCAUGCCACCACCCGCGCCGAUCGUCGGGCGGCCAAGAAGUAGACACGUUAAUACAGAUGAGAUGUUGGAUGAUACACUGCGAUGGUGGACACCCGAUAUGUGUGUGGGGUGAUGGACAAUGGAUCGUGUAGUUAAGUUGGUAUGGGACUUACCUGUACGUCAUUGAAUGAAGGCAUGAAGUAUAAUGU